AUGGACCCACGCGCGAUGGGAAUGGCGGGCGGCAUGUCGAUGCCCAUGUCCAUGGGAAUGGCCGUCGGCAACCCGCAGUCGAUGGCCAUGGGCAUGUACGGCCAGCCGCCGCAGCAGCCACCACCGCCGCAGCAACAGCAGCAGCAGCAAAUGAUGAUGAACUCAAUGGGGCAGCAGCCGCCGCAGCAGCCGCCACAGCAGAACUCGAUGGCGAUGAAUGCGAUGAACCCCGCGGGUGUGGGUGGCGGCACGGCGGCUGCGGAUUGGCGCAUGCAGCUGACAAGGGAACAUCGCGCGAACCUGAUUGCCAAGAUUUACAAUGAGAUGGUCCGCGUGUCGGCAGAUCCUGUGCCAGGUAUCAAGCUCUGGAUGAAUGUGUCGUGGUACGAGCUGUCGCUGUACAAGGAGUCGCCCACGCAGGAGUUCUACAUCAACAAGAUCUUUACGCGACUCAAGUCGCUGCGGGCCCAGCAGUCGGACAUGAACGCUGCCAUGGCGGCUCAGGGACUGCCGAACCAGGGCAUGCUCUCGAGACUCGACUUCUCGUACUACAACACACUCAAUCUGAGUCAGAGGGACGUCAACGGCGGCGCUGUGGGCGGCUACCCAGGCCAUAGUCAGUUCAAUACACCUGGGCCACAUCCAGGGGCUCAGCAGCAGCAGCAGCAGCAACAACAACAGCAGCAGGGGCAGGGCCAAGACAAACCAGUGUCUACGACGACAAGUACACCGGUGAAGACGGAAACGAGUAUGACUCCGAGCACUGCGGCCGAGUACUGGCAGCAACACGCGGCGCUACGAGCAAAACAUCAAGGUGACGUAGAGAAGGUGCACAGUGCAUUCAAGAAGUACGUGGAUCACAUGAAGGGACAUGACGAGACGGAGCAGAAGAAGAAAUUGCGGUACCUUUUGAGCUACGUGGAGCUCUGCGCGAGCAUUUUGAACGAGAACAAGGCGACUCACCCGGCGCGAAAGAUCGAAGAGCUAGACAAAGUGUUCAAGUACAUUGUGAAGAUCGUGAACCCGUAUCUGAAGAAGCUGCGGACCGAGACGGACAAGCGAACGUACCCGGUGAGUGACGGCAGUGCUGGCCAAGCGAUCGCGUCGUCCGAGCUGAGUGCCAGCACGUCUUCAGGCGCAACCAUGAGCGCUGGAUCUGCUAUCCCAGACAGCAUUUUGACCAGCUUUGGCAGCUCAAUGGCACAGCCGCCGCAGCCCACGGGGCAGACGCAGCAUCAGAGCACGCCAACGCAGCAGUCUGCGAUGACGGUCCAGCAGAAGCAGCAGCACUAUAUGAUGCAACAGCGCGCUCAGCAGAUGCAACAGCAGCAACAGCACAUGCAGGCUCAAGCGCGUCAGCAACAAAUGAUACAGCAGCAGCAACAGAUGAUGCGUCAGCAGCAAAUGCAGCAGAAGGGGUCGCGUCAGCAAGCGCAGUAUACAGCCCAGCAGUCGAAUCAAAUGAAGCAGCAGCAGCAGCUGCAGACGACGCAGAACGCUGCCAAUCAACAGAGCGGUCAGCAGACACAGCAGCAACUGGGCCAACACGGCCUUCAGCGCUUGCAGCCGGGGUCGCAGACGCCCCAGCAGCAGCAGCAGCAACAGAAGCCUCCGCAAGCUCAGCCUUCGCAGUCGACUCAAGAAGGCAUGGCGUCCCGAGGCGAAACCACGGCGGUGAACUCGGGGCUGAGCUUGGGGCUGGACGAGUCGCUGUAUGGCAGCAUGGCGAGCGACUUGUUGCAGAUGCCGACGCCGUCUGGAGCGUCGUCGGGCGGUCUCAUGGACUUUUCGAACGCCCUGUCGCCCACGAGCUUUGGCGGUAUGGAUCUGCUCGAUUGGGAUGACGGCGCGUCGGGCCAGGGCGCGUCAGGUCAGGGCAAUGCCAGUGGCGACAGCGCGGACCUCAUGACGUUUGUCGAGACGUUGUAA